AUGUGUAGAAAGGAGCUGUCAGUUGCUCAAUGUGAGCAAAUUAUUGGUGCAUAUAUUAGUGGCAUUAAACAAAAAGUUAUUUCUGCUCAGUUCAAUAUUCCUACCAGUUCUGCAACACCUGAAAAAAUGUCCUGGUCAUUCAAAACUGCUCACUCAAUGUGA